GUUAUCAGCAUAGUCAGUGAGCUGUAACUGACAGAAGCGCCGGGCUCCGAACCCCAAAGGGAUUUCAAUAGAUUAUAAUGAUUUACCACUUUAUUACAUUUCAAUCAGGAGUUAAUCAUAUUUAGCCGUGUAUUGAAUUAAUUAGCCAUCGUUGCUAAAUUUUUUUUUAAAGAGCUGAUCCGGUAUGAUUUCUGCAUUGAUGAAGGUGGGAAGCGGAAGAGGUUUUUCGGUUCAUCUGAAGCUCGGAAAUUAGAUUAUAUUUCAGCUGUACGGAGAUUCUGAAGAUAACUGUAGCUCGUGAGCUGAGGGCCUGCUUCGGUUCGUCUUCUUCAAGCUCCCUCCUGUUGGGCCUCUUCUUCUUCUGGGUUCUAAGCUUUCAAAGGCAAGUUUGUUCAGCUUUCAGUUUCUUGGGGGUUUUCAGUUUUCAGUUUCUUGGGUGUUUGGCAGCCAGAUGCUGCUUGGAAUAUGGAAAAGAGGCAUUGUACUACUUUCUUUCCUACUCGCACAUGCUUUAGCAGGUUCAUUUGUUGGUAUUAAUAUUGGCACAGACAUAUCCAAUUUGCCUUCUGCAUCCACUAUAGUUUCCAUUCUUCAAGCUCAAAAAAUCAAGCAUGUUCGGCUAUUUGAGGCAGACCAUCAGUUACUGACUGCCCUUGCAAAUACUGGAAUAGAGGUUAUGGUUGGUGUUCCAAAUGACCAGUUGCUACAAAUAGGGGAAUCAAGAUCAGCAGCUGCAGAUUGGAUUAACAAAAAUAUUGCAGCCUAUCUUCCUGGAACUAACAUCACCUAUAUUGCUGUAGGAAAUGAAGUCCUCACCUCUAUUCCAAAUGCUGCUGUUGUUCUUGUUCCUGCCAUGCAAUUUAUCCAUUCUGCUCUUCUAGCUGCGAACCUCGAUUUUCAGAUUCAUGUCUCGAGCCCACAUUCUGUAAAUGUGAUUCCCCAAUCCUUUCCCCCUUCAACUGCCACAUUUAAUUCAACACUGAAUUCCAUAAUGUAUCAGUAUCUCCAGUUCUUGAAGAACACAGGGUCCUCUUUUAUGUUGAAUGCUCAGCCAUACUAUAGCUAUACCAAAGCGAACGGCAUCUACCCCAUCGAAUAUGCGCUUUUCCGUUCGCUAAAUCCGGACAAUCAGAUUUUGGAUCCCAACACACUUUUUAGCUACACAAACAUGUUUGACACAAUGGUUGAUGCUGUGUACUUCGCCAUACAAGCACUCAAUUUCUCAGGCAUUCCUAUUAUAGUGACGCAGUCGGGUUGGCCGUCGAGUGGUGGGGACAAUGAAACGGAUGCCAAUGUUGACAAUGCUUUGGCUUACAAUACUAAUCUCAUACACCAUGUGCUAAAUAAUUCUGGUACCCCAAGUCAACCAAAAAUGCCAAUUAACACUUACAUUUAUGAGUUGUUCAAUGAAGAUCUUAGAGCUGGGCCUCUUUCUGAGAAGAAUUGGGGAGUAUUCUUUCCAAAUGGAACGGCUGUAUAUUCUCUAAAUUUUGAAAGUGUGGUUGAUGAUGGCACAAUCUCAUCUGGGUUGUCUGGUGUUUUCUGUGUGGCUAAGUCGAGUGCGAACUCGCAAAAUUUGAAGCAAGGACUCGAUUGGGCUUGUGGACCUGGUGGGGCUAACUGCAGUUCAAUCCAGCCUGGGCAGCCAUGUUAUGAAUCUGAUGAUCUUUCUGCAGUUGCUUCCUAUGCUUACAAUGAUUAUUACCAUAGAACUCAGGCAAGUGGUGGAACAUGCAACUUCGACAACACGGCCGUGAUAACGACAAAUGAUCCCAGCCAUGGCUUAUGCAUAUUUGCAGGAAGCUCAACUACAAACUCUUCGGCGAGCAAAGGACCAGCAUCUGACUCAAGCCCUAGUGUUGGUGUUGAAAGACUUCAAGCAUUUUCAUCUGGAUAUCUCGUCCUGGUGCUCUUGCUAUUGUUCUUCUGCUGUUGCCAUCGUCCGUGUCGUCGCCAGCAUUUGCGUCAUCUUUGCCAGCUUCAGUCGUCGUCGUUGCCUUCAUCCACUCAAGCCAGCCCCCGUCCGUCGCAAGCUUCUGUCCGUUGCCGUCGUCCAUUGUUUUUUCCGCCCGCGAUUUCAUUUUCCUGCUUACAAAUGCGUUCCGCGAGUUGCUCGACAAGCUCGCGAGUUCGAGUGGAGGGCUAUUCGAGCUCGAAAUCGUAUUCUAGCUCGACUUGCAAGUUUGAUAAUCUCAACUCGUCGAGUCUGUUACCGAGUCGAGCUCGAGCCAGCUUGACUCGGUUGCACCCCUAAUCUCACCCAUUUCUAUCAAAUCAUCCAUG